GCCUUGUUCCGCCCGCCCACAGUUCGCCCGGUUUCGCCAGGUUUCGCCAGAUUUCGCCAGAGGCACCAGGCCAUGGAGAGGGGCCCGGCCCGCUGCGAAAACCCCACGUCCUAAACCCCUCGCUGCCUUGAUGCGCCUUCGCCUGCACCUUGGACGGCCUCUACCAUGACGCGCCGCAUAGUCCGGACGGGCGUCCAGCUCGUCGCCAUCACCAUCGUCAUCUCGCUCGCCCUCUUCUUCCUCGACAACCGCUACCGCGUCCUCCCCCAGUCGGUCCACAGCCACCUGCCGCUCCACCACGACGGCCUCGUCAUCACCGACAUCACCGUGCAGACGUGCUCGACCCUCAACCCGUUGUCCAAGUGCAUGCUCGACCAGAAGAAAUGGCACCGCAUCGAGAAGGACCUCUACCUGGCCAAGGGCUGGCUGUACAAGGCCUAUGUGCACAUCAAGCGCAAGCGCGAGGAGGAGCUCCAGACCGACGACAAGGUCGUCGUCGAUGUCCGCACCGGCAAGCUCGACCCGUCGAUUGGAGAAAAGGCCCAGGCUUCUGAAAAGUGGGAGUCGCGCCCGGCAGGCGUGUGGAUCAAGCGGUCGCUCAAGCGCCAUGCGAGCGACUCCAACAAGGCCGUGACGGCCGUCGACAUCUUGUUCGGCGCCGAUGCCGUGGAGCCUCGCCCGGGCUGGGCAUUGGUCAAGAACGGCGCUCUGAACCUCGACACCAGCAAGGGCAGUACCGACCCGCGCCUGACGAUACGGAGAGGCUCGGCGGUCAAGCUCCAGAAGCCAGUGCCCAAGAUCCGGAAAGACGGCAAGUUCAAGAUUAUGCAGAUAUCGGAUUUGCACCUCAGCACCGGUCUCGGCAAAUGCAGGGACGAAGAGCCCAAGGGCGCAAAUGGCGGACACUGUGACGCCGAUCCUAGAACAAUCGAGUUUGUUGAGCGUGUGCUCGACGACGAGAAGCCCGACAUGGUUGUCUUGUCCGGCGACCAGAUCAACGGCGACACGGCUCCGGAUGUUCAGAGCGCCAUGUUCAAGAUUGUCGAUCCGCUCGCUGAGCGCAAGAUACCCUAUGCUGCCAUCUUUGGCAACCAUGACGACGAGGGCACCCUCUCGCGUCAGGCACAAAUGCAUCUCUAUGAUUCACUACCUUUUUCUCUAAGCGAAGCCGGUCCCAACACCAUUGACGGCGUCGGCAACUACUUUGUCGAGAUCCAGGCCCACAGCAGCAAGCAUUCCGCCCUGACGCUCUGGUUUCUCGACACACAUUCCUACUCGCCCGACGAGACGCACUACCGCGGCUACGACUGGAUCAAGCCCAACCAGAUUGAGUGGUUCAAGGCCACUGCCGAAAGCCUCAAGGAUGCGCAUCGCCACUACACCCACAAGCACCUCGACAUGGCCUUUAUCCACAUUCCGCUGCCCGAGUACGGCAUCCGCGACAACGACCGCGUGGGCAACUGGACCGAGCCCAUUACAGCGCCCGCCUUCAACACGCAUUUCAAGGACGCCCUCGUCGAGUUCAACAUCAAAUCCGUCUCGUGCGGCCACGACCAUGUCAACGACUACUGCGCCCUCUCCAAGGCCCCUGAAACAGGCGAGCCGGAAAUCUGGAUGUGCUAUGCUGGAGGCAGCGGCUUCGGCGGCUACGGUGGUUACAACCAUUAUCACCGCCGUCUCCGCGUGUUCGAAAUCGACACCAACCAGGCGCGCAUUGUCACGUGGAAGCGGCUCGAGUACGGCGACAUUGACAAGAGGCUCGAUCAGCAGAUUAUCGUCGACUCGGGCAGAGUGGUGCCGCUUCAGAAUGAGAACUAGUGGCGUGUACUGGGUAAGAAGUAGUAGGUACGAAAAGCAAGUGAGAGUUUGAAGAGAGGAAUAGGCAACUAUAAUCGGAUUCCAAGAGAACAUGUUUCUCUUGCCGAGGGCGUUUAAUGGAAUGGAAAACCGGUGUAGGUAGCAUGUCAUGGGGUUAUUGAUAUUUCAAAGUAGCUAAGAAAAAAAAAGACUGAAAUCAUGGGUGUUUCGGGGGGUGUUGCACAAAAUUAAAAGUAUGUAUGCAUGUGGGUCGAGACAUAGUACACAUACUACACAUGCACAUGCAGUUUGUUUGUGUUUGUGUUCUGAGGAAGUAGUGAGGGGAUGGAGAGAGAGGAAGGGGAAUGAAGGAAAGGAAAGGAAAGGAAAGGGAAGGGAAGGGAAAGGAA